ACAUUUGCAAAUUGCAAGAGAGAGAAAGGAAAACAAACUCAAAAGAGAGAAAAAAAAAAGGAUUUUAAAUGUGGCUCUUUGAGAUAGAGUAUCAAAACAACCCCAAAACAAACCCUAGAUUUCAUCCUUGACAAGAAGAAACCCCCAAAAGAAUUUCUAUUUUUUAUCUCAAAUUUUCAUAUUUGGAUCCAAGGGUUUCCCAUUAAAGACAAACUCUGUACUUCGAAGGGCAAGAACGUGCCAAAUUAAAAAGAGUAUUUUUGGAAGAGAAACGAAAAUCUUGAGGGGGUCUUGUUUAUAGUUUUGAGAUUUUGGGGAUUGCUUCUUGUUGAAGGUUGAUAACUAAAAAAGAGUUUAAAGAUGAUGUCAAGAUCAUAUACCAAUCUUUUAGAUCUAGCGUCUGGUAAUUUCCCGGUAAUGGGUCAAACUCGUGAAAAGAAACAGCUGCCGCGGGUAAUGACAGUACCGGGGGUUAUUUCAGAGCUUGACGAUGAUCGGGCUAAUAGUGCCAGCUCAGAUGGGCCAUCCACUAUUAUUCAGGAUAGAAUUAUUAUUGUAGCCAAUCAACUCCCAGUUAAAGCUAAGCGUAGACCUGAUAAUAAAGGGUGGAGUUUUAGUUGGGACGACGAUUCGUUGUUAUUACAUUUAAAAGAUGGUUUGCCUGAAGAGAUGGAGGUAUUGUAUGUUGGUUCUUUGAAGGUUGAUGUUGAUCCCAAUGAACAAGAUGAUGUUUCACAGCUUUUGUUGGAUAGGUUUAAGUGUGUCCCUGCAUUUCUGCCACCUGACAUUUUGACUAAGUUCUAUCAUGGUUUCUGUAAACAGCAUUUGUGGCCACUUUUCCAUUAUAUGCUUCCGUUUUCAGCGAAUCAUGGAGGCAGGUUUGAUAGAUCUUUGUGGGAGGCAUAUGUUGCUGCGAAUAAGAUCUUUUCUCAAAGGGUAAUUGAGAUUAUAAACCCAGAAGAUGAUUACGUUUGGAUCCAUGAUUAUCAUUUGAUGGUGCUGCCUACAUUCUUGAGGAGAAGGUUUAAUAGAUUGAGAAUGGGGUUUUUUCUGCAUAGUCCAUUUCCUUCAUCUGAGAUAUAUAGGACUUUACCUGUGAGGGAAGAGAUCCUAAAGGCACUCUUGAAUUCAGACCUCAUUGGUUUUCAUACUUUUGAUUAUGCGCGGCAUUUUCUGUCUUGUUGUAGUCGAAUGUUAGGUUUAGAGUACCAGUCAAAGAGAGGUUAUAUUGGACUGGAGUACUAUGGAAGGACAAUUGGGAUAAAGAUCAUGCCUGUUGGGAUCCACAUGGCACCGAUUGAGUCUGUAUUGAGACUUGCGGAUAAGGAGUGGAGAGUAGGACAACUUAAACAACAGUUUGAAGGAAAGACUGUGUUGCUUGGAGUUGAUGACAUGGAUGUCUUUAAAGGUGUCAACUUGAAGCUGUUGGCAAUGGAGCAGAUGCUGAAACACCACCCAAAGUGGCAGGGAAGAGCAGUUCUGGUACAGAUCACAAACCCUGCUAGGGGAAGAGGGAAAGAUAUUGAGGAGAUACAGGCUGAAAUACAGGCAAGCUGCAAGAGAAUCAAUCAGACUUUUGGACAACCUGGUUAUGAGCCAAUUGUCUUCAUUGAUAGGCCAGUAUCCCUCAGUGAGAGAGUUGCAUACUACACUGUAGCUGAGUGUGUUGUAGUCACAGCUGUGAGGGAUGGGAUGAAUCUUACUCCUUACGAGUACAUUGUGUGCCGGCAAGGAGUCUCUGAAUCAGAGUCUUCCUUAGAAUCAACUGGGCCCCAGCAGAGCAUGCUAGUCGUAUCAGAGUUCAUUGGUUGCUCUCCUUCACUCAGUGGUGCAAUCCGGGUAAAUCCUUGGAAUGUUGAAGCAACUGCUGAGGCAAUGAAUGAGGCAAUCUCAAUGGCUGAUGCAGAGAAACAAUUGCGCCAUGAGAAGCAUUAUAGGUAUGUUAGCUCACAUGAUGUAGCAUUCUGGUCUCGAAGCUUCUUCCAGGAUAUGGAAAGGACAUGUAAAGACCAUUUCAGAAUGCGUUGUUGGGGAAUUGGUUUGAGCUUUGGAUUCAGAGUUGUAGCUCUUGAUCCUAACUUCAGAAAGUUGUCUAUUGAUCACAUUGUAUCUGUGUAUCGAAGGUCCAAAAACAGGGCUAUACUAUUGGACUAUGAUGGAACGGUAAUGCCUCAAACAUCACAUAACAAGACCCCUAGUGCAGAGGUUAUCUCAAUCAUAAACACACUCUCUGGUGAUAUCAAAAAUACCGCUUUUGUUGUAAGUGGAAGAGGAAGGGAAAGUUUAGGCAAGUGGUUUUCUCCAUGUAAGAAACUUGGAAUUGCGGCUGAACAUGGUUAUUUCAUGAGGUGGUCUACUAAUGAUGAGUGGGAAGUCUGUGGGCAGAAUAAUGAAUUUGGGUGGAAGGAAAUAGCUGAGCCUGUUAUGAAAUUGUACACAGAGGCCACUGAUGGCUCCUCUAUUGAAUCCAAGGAGAGUGCCUUGGUCUGGCACCAUCGAGAUGCAGACCCAGGUUUUGGGUCUAGCCAGGCAAAGGAGAUGUUAGACCAUCUUGAGAGUGCAUUAGCAAAUGAACCUGUGGCUGUGAAAAGUGGCCAGUUUAUCGUUGAAGUGAAACCUCAGGGAGUCAGUAAAGGUGUGGUCGCUGAAAAGAUCUUCACAACCAUGGCAGAGAGCGGAAGGCGGGCAGAUUUUGUUCUCUGCAUUGGCGAUGACAGAUCUGACGAGGAAAUGUUUGAGAUCAUCAGCAGUGCAAUUUCCAGUAGUGUCCUCUCCUCUAAGACAUCUGUUUUUGCCUGCACAGUUGGCCAGAAACCUAGCAAAGCCAAGUAUUAUUUGGAUGACCCAGCUGAGGUUGUAAUCAUGCUCAAAGCUCUUGCAGAAGCUUCAGACCCUGAACCCUUCACAGAUACCGGAUCAGAAGGCUCCCUUUGAAAUAUCCUCCAUGGCUUUAUAUCAAAUUUUGGGCCUGUUGUCCUUUUGGCCAGUUGGGAAGAAUGCCAUGCCUGACCUGUGAUGAAGAUAGAUAUCAUUUUCUGCUUGGUUUGGAACUUACUGUUGAAAAGGACAUUCUCUGGCCUUCUGUCUGAUUAUUUGGCCAUUGAGAAUUCAUAUGAUCUGAGGGGGAAGGGGUAAGAGGAUCUUCUGGGACGUGGGUUGAUUCAUGGAGAGAGACUUGGAAUUGAAAGAAACCCAUCAUGUAACUCUUACUACCAUCUCAUGCAUGAGAAAGGUUACUAAGCUUUCCUGUGUGCAGUCAUAAUAUCCAUCACAUAGAUGGUUUGUAUCCAGUUGCAGUACAGCCAGAUAAGUAUCAUUAAUUUCAGAGAUCAACUUUUUCUGGUGAUAGUGACAACACAAGCAGGUAUCAGCUGGUUAAGAAAGUCAUCGUGUUGAAUAAACAGAUACAAAUGUUAUUUUCCCCCCUCAUUUUAUUUUUUUGGAGUGAAUUUGUUUUCUUCCUUUUCAUUGGAUCCAUUCCUUAUUCACUAUUGAAUCUGUAAAUUUUAUGGAAAUAUUGCAACUAGCUUUUCUAUGCUUACACUC